CAGGUUUCAUCAGUAGAAUUUAAUGCUCUGUUCAGGUGCAACUACUUGUGAGAUCUGAUAAGAGAUCUGUUAACUUGGCUGCUGCAAUGGGACUAUACAAAUCCAUACCUUCCUGUGAAUCCUACUGCAAUUGAGGGAUUUGUUCAGCCUGUUGUAGGUCCUGAUGGAAAGAAAAAGGAACCUGAGAGCAAUGUGCUUCUUGCAACGAUCGAGAAUAUGCAAUAUGCUGUUACAGUGGACGUCGUUAAAACGGUAUUCUCUGCAUUUGGUACUGUCCAGAAAAUUGCCAUAUUUGAUAAGGGUGGUGGUGGAACGCAGGCACUAAUUCAAUACCCUGAUGUCACUACUGCAGCAGUUGCCAAAGAUGCUUUAGAGGGGCACUGCAUAUAUGAUGGUGGCUAUUGUAAGCUUCAUCUAUCAUACUCUCGUCAUACUGAUCUCAGUGUUAAGGCGUACAGUGACAAAAGUCGAGAUUACACCGUCCCAGAAUCAGGGUUUCUUGCAAUGCAAGAAGCUUCUGGUGUCCAACCUGCAGCAACAGUUUGGCAGAAUCCUCAGGCUGCUCCAGGGUUUCCUGGUGGUGAAUAUACUGCUGGUGGUGGUGUGCAGGCUCAAGCUCCUGUGGGACCAGCGUCGUCGUGGGAGCCAAACAUGCAAGCAGGCAGACCAACCUUUGUUUCAGUUCCCAGCACAUUUCCUGGUCAGACAUAUGCCUCAUCUUCUAUUCCAGCGUAUGCCACUACAUCAAUCCAUGCUGGUUCUUCAACCCUUUAUCAAACCAGCCAAAUUAAUCCUAGUGUUCCUCCAAUGAGAGUUACACAGCCCAUGCAUCCUCAACAUGUUCGGCAUGGUGGUAUGUCACCUCCUGGUCAGCCUCCUUACUUCAGCUAGUCAAGAUCUUUUUAUUGUUUGAGGUUAUCAUGCUUUCCUGCAUUUAUUUUCCUGUUGAAGCACAGCAGAGUUCUUCAUACUUGAAUUUGUUUGGUAUUAUCUGACUCUAGUGUGUUCUGCUCUUCUCUCUAACUGGUAAAUGGCAAAUUGUUCUUUAUUGAUUUGUAAUUGCAACAUUAGAAUUUCGUUGGAUCUAUCUAUGCUAAAGGAAGAAAUCAGUGUGGUUUCUCAGCAGUUUUUGUUGGCUGUUUUGGUGGGAGUAGGAGACAGGAAAGGUGGGUUUUGCAUUUGUGGGUUCAAAACUAAGUUUAUUUCCAUGUUCAGUCCGAGAUAUGUUGUCAACACCAAGGUUA